GCCAACCUGAGGCAAGUAGCCGCAAGUGCUUGCGCUCAUAGAUUCAAUUCACAAAAGACACUACUCAAGUCUCACCGGCACCAGUCAAGUUUUUUGAGGCUUCUGUGCUGGAGCUGGUCGCCAAAGCGAUGCUGGCCAUGCCGACCACAGAGGUCCAGGUCUGUCGUGGUUUGCCAGUGGAUGCAUUGCAGGCGGCAACACGCGCAGUGGAGGCGUUCAGAGAAGGUGGAGAUUUGGCUGGUCUGGCCUCCGCCCUUCGAACGCUCGCUUCAGCUCACUUGCAGAAGAGGUCGUCACAUCAAGCUGCUUCUGCGGCUGAGGAGUCCUCCAGCAUAUUCCGUGAGCUUGGAGACCGUGCGGCCGAGGUCGAGUCAUUGCUGCAACUUGCGGUUGCGCACUUGGAGGCGGGUUCUCAGCAAGAUGCUUCAGCCGCUGCCAAGCGCGCGCAAGAGCUAUGCAAAACCAUUAGCGAUUCCCGAGGGCACAAUAUAUCGCGGGAGCUCCUGCAAGUAACCGAACACUUUGACAAAGAGUUUCGAAGCGGCUUGUGGGUGCCUGGAAAGGGGAUGGCUGCUAAGAUUGCGAGUGGCAUAGGAGGAGAGGAAGUGCGGAAGCACAAGUGGUUCCCUCAAGUCCAGCCGGAGGUGGUGUCAGCGUCUCAGAAACAAGAGGAGCAACAGAUCCGCGACCGACGCUUUGGUCAGGCCGUUCCUUUUCAGAGAAAGCCAUUCCCUUGGAAUACCAAGCAGCCCAAUGUGCAAAGUGAUGAGAAGAACUCAGAAGAAGUAAAGGAAGAGAAGAAAGAAAAUCAGGAGCCAAAGAAAUUCUCCUGGAGCGAUGCUAUGCCUACACCACUUGAGCGAGGUAGUGUGGAUGGCUGGCAGUGUGGACAGUGUGGGAUGAUUUUCACUGACCCCGAGGAUGGAGAACUCAACUUAGCUCAAAAAGAGCCUUGGAAUUGAGACUGGCAAGAGGCACCUUUCCAUCCUAAGACACCCGCUUUCACGACGUGAAUCCACUCAGGCCAGAACCGGAGCCGAUGGCGA